CGGCAUUUAGACAAGCGAACACUGAGAUUGAAUGGUGAUCGGAUUCCCACCAUCUUACAAGCUGUAUGUAGUAUGUAUAAUGACAAUCUCCCCUUUUCCAUUCCCGAUGACUUAAUGAGUGCUGGUUGCUCCUGGACGAAAUAGGAAAUGAGGGUUUCGGCCGCUCCCUGCCGGGCGAAAAUCGGACUCAAAGUUUCCACCCCCUCCCGCUCCACAUGAUGGCCGUGGUGGGGAGUGCGUUAAGUCCGUUCGUGGAUUAUUUCCGUGCUACUAGUAUGUUUUCUGGUGUACUUGCGUGGUUUUUUAUUUUUUUUUUUCCUUUUUGCUUACCUGCUUUUUGCGCUACUUUGGUCAUCUUUUGGCAGGGGGGUUGUUGUUUUCGCUAGUAGGUCGAUAGUUUGAAGACGAAUAUCAUAAUGUGUCAUGGUACUCCGUAGAAUCGGUGAUGACCAAGUUAUACGAGACUAUAGGUGAUUUUCGGUCGUGUUAUUAAGAUCGUGGCGAGGCGACUUUCCCAUGCCUGUGGUGGACGGCCGAUACUAGCGAUGCAAUGCCGUGGUUGGGAUGGGUCUGAAAGACUCGUUCUAACAGUACCGGGGGGCGAUCCUUAGCUUGGGUCCUUUUUGAUAUCGGUUAAGUGACCAUGACUCGAGUAGAUUGAUGAUUCUGAUUAUAUGAUCGUGUUUUAUGGAGCUAAGUGCCGUAGCACUGCUAAUGGGGAUGGGGAUCGAAACGUUGAUGGCUCUCAUGCUGUGCUAGUCCUUUCCCCCUUUUUGGUCGGUAGAUGGCUUAUUGCCGUUGCCGUUGAAGACGCAAUGAGCACCUGGUGGUCUAGGAUCAGGAACAGGAACAGGAACA